AUGAAGUUCUCAAUCGGUGUUUCUCUGCUGGCCACCUUGGCCAGCGCCGUCAAUGUUGACAUGGCCAAGCGUGACACGUCCCCUCUUGACGUCAAGCUUGAGGCUAUUGGCAACUCCGGUGUCAAGGCUGCCCUUACCAACACUGGCGACUCUGCCAUCAAGCUGUUCAAGACAGGCACCUUCCUUGACAAGGCUCCCGUUGAGAAGGUCGAGGUUUUUGCUGCCGGCAACAAGAUCGACUUUGAUGGCAUCCGUCUGCAAAUUGCUACUUCCGGUCUGACCGAGGAGGCUUUCCAGAUCGUCGCUGCUGGCGAGACUGUUGAGGUAGAGUUCGAUGCUGCCGAGCUCCACGACCUUAGCACCGGCGGCGCCGUCGAGAUCGUCACCCAGGGCUCUUUCCUCUACGCCGAUGCCGACUCGACCGACAUUGCCGGCGCUGUCCCCUUCAGCAGCAACAGCAUCAAGACUGAGGUCAACGGCGAUGAGGCUGCCUCCGUCCGCAACGCCUUCAUUGAGAAGCGCACGGCCGUACAGGCUGACUGCACCGGCACUCGCCGCACUGCCACUGUCAACGCCAUCACCCGCUGCCGCUCCCUUGCCGUUGCCGCGUCCUCAGCUGCUGCCUCUGGUCCGGCUGCCCGCAUGACUGAGUACUUCAAGUCCUCUACCACUGCUACCCGCAACACCGUUGCUGCUGUCUUUGGCAGAAUUGUCUCAGAGUGCGGCAGCACUACUUCUGGUGUCUCUCGCCAGUAUUGCAGCGAUGUCUACGGCGCCUGCUCCAGCAACGUCAUCGCAUACACUCUUCCGUCUCAGUCGUACAUGGUCAACUUUCUCGUCAGUCCACCAAGAUCUAACGAAAACCCAACUCUGACAGGCCCCACCUUCUUCACCAUGUCUGCGGCCUCUUCAACUUGCCAUGCUCAGGACCAACAGACUACUAUCGUUCACGAGAUGACGCACCUGACUCAGAUCAAGGGUACCUCUGACUACAACGGAUACGGAUACAACUUCGUCCGCAGCUUGACAGCUGCUCAGAACCUCAACCACGCUGACACUUACACCCUCUUCGCCCAGUCUAUCUACGCUGGCUGCUAAGUGUCCGGUCUCUUUUGGCGAUGGGACGAUGAAAAGGAACUCAAAUGCCGACGUGAAUCGAAACAGGCACGAGGAUGCAAAGUUGGGGGGCUUCUUUGAUGGAUGCUGGGAACUAUUCCUUGGCCUAGUUGUCAU